AUGAGUAACGGAUACCCACAACAACCAGGUCAAUAUGGUGCCUAUCCACCACAACAACCAGGUCAAUAUGGUGCUUACCCACCACAACAACAACAACCAGGCCAUUAUGGCGCACCACCACCACACCACCAACAACCAGGUCAAUACGGUGCUUACCCACCACAACAAGGUGUUGGAUAUCCACCACAACCAAGUGCAUUUGGACCACCACCACCAAGUGCAUUUGGAGUACCACCACCAUUACCACAACAACAACAUGCACCACUAAUUAGUCCAAAUAAAAGUAUUCCUUUACCACCAGGUGCAAGAUUUACAUCAUCACCAAUCUCAACAUUCCAAAUUAAAAUUUUAUCAGCUCGUAAUUUAAUUGCAGCAGAUGUUGGUGGAACUUCAGAUCCUUAUGUAAAGAUUAAAACACCAGCUACCAAUGGCAAAGAUUAUAAAACUAGACAUAUUAGUAAAUCAUUGAACCCAAUUUGGAAUGAAACUUUUAAUAUCGAUCUAGGCAAUUGCGUCAAUGAUUUAGUCAUCAUUGAAGUUUACGACCAUGAUAAAGUGGGUUCCGACGAUUUGAUUGGGUUCGUCGCUUUGGACCCCUCCACUUUCCCACGUGGUAUUGAAGUUGUCACUACUGAACAAUUAAGUUUUGUCCCACAUGGUGAGAUUAACAUUGCAAUUACUGCAAUCAAUUUCGGUAGAGAAUUAGUACCACCAACUUAUAAAUAUGACUAUGAAAGAUGGAGAGCUUCCAUUCCAUCAAUCUCAAAGAAAGGUAAUGAAAAAUUAAAAAAUAAACAAAAGAAAAAUGAUCAUAAAGCAAAGAAAAAUAAACCAUUAGGUAUCUAUCAUAAUAAAUACCCACCACAAGGUUAUUCUAUCAUUAAUGGUUAUGUUAAAAAGAAUCCAAGUACUGCUCAACAAGUUGGUAAAGAUGCUAAAAAAUUUAUUAAAAAAUUAUUUUAA